AAUUCUGAAAUGCAGGCUUACAACAGGGAACACCCAUACUAUUACAGCUAUCUACAAUGCUUCUGCCAGCCUACAGCCCUCAGCUAUCCGCCACAAAGCCAUCAGUACCAGCCGCACUUUCGACCCCACUUCGAAAGCCAGUUGCAGAAGCCAUUUCAGUCAUCUUUCUCUAUCGAGUCGCUUCUUGGAGGCGAGAAGACGUCAGAGGUAAGCAUGCCUUCCUUAGCCAGCACUGCCUCCUACAUCAAAAAAACAGACUCCUCUGUUGAAGCUAAACUUAAAGGGCUCGUGGAACGGAGGCGAAACAACAGCUCAAAAGUAUCGGACAGCUUCGAUAAUCGAGAAAAAUCAACAGCGAUGACAGAGGUGCGGAAAGCAGAACUUUUCGCUGGUGAACCAGCAAGUACCACACAAGAAAAGAAAAAGGGUUUAAUGGGCACUCACUUCAAAAGAAAGCGACCCCGUACGAUGUUUACCUUAUAUCAACUCGAGAGGAUGGAGGGAGAAUUCCUGCGCCGUCAGUACAUCACGGGUAAUCAGCGGUUGCAACUGGCCAGCGAGCUUCAGUUGAGUGAGACGCAGGUCCGAGUUUGGUUCCAGAACAGACGGAUUAAAUGGCGCAAAGAUGUGAUGAAGAGGCAGUUUGAUAGCUACUAG